GUCGGACUUGUUUGGCUUGUACGUUCCCCGGUGACAGCCGGCUGGCGGGAAGCGAGAGACUGUGCGAUCGGUAGCUGGAAAGACUGAGAAAUGAGUAAUGAAACUAAAAAGGGGAGCAAGAACCUUCAGGUGCAGUUUGUGCCAGAUGAAGAUGUCUUGGAACAUAUCAUUGAUAAAGCAGAAGGUGUCAGACUUAGAAACAGCACCACCACCCAGCGAAUAAGUAAUGUAAAGAGCUUGACCAAGAAUCUUACUGAACAUCAUGAAGAUGAUGAAACUUUGGAGGUUUGGAAGGAAAAGGAUUAUGUGGACGUUCUGGGAACAGAUACUGGAGACAUCUUGGAGGAUGGAUCUGGAACAGGAGGAAGUGAUGUGUAUACUUUCCAGACAGUAAAACGCUCCAACAAGAUGGCACAGCUUGCUUCUAAAUUGGCUCGAACGCCCGGUAAGACUGUGACGUUCUCCACAAGUGAUAGUCCCGAAGAAGCCAUUAGUCCACCCGCAAGCAGCAGGAAACAGUCCACCAAUAAAACUCCCUCGAAGGGAAGGAAACCGGAAUUCAUUUCUACUACUCCCCACAGACUGAGGAAGAGGCUAUCAGCACCGGAUCUAAGAUCUGACAGCGAGAGCGACUACUCUGCCUCUAACUCUGAUGAUGAUAUGGACGAUGGGCCAGCUACAGCUAAAACACCAAGUAAAGUGUCACAGAUACCGAGUGAACCUUCUCAGACCCCUGGUAAAACACCAUCCAAAAGAGGGAAGAAAAAACAGAGCAAUUUGGUAGAAGAGUACUUUGAAGCCCACAGCAGUUCCAAGGUCUUCACAUCAGACAGAACAUUACAAAAGUUACAAACGCCAAAGUUAGACCAGGAGACAUUGCGGAAGCUCCUGGUCCAGUCUCCCUCCGUGUUUGCCAAUGAUCUUCACAAUCUUAAUGAAAAACAUGAGGCGUUCUUCUAUAAGUGGAUGCUGCAGCUUCACUUGGGCUUUAACAUUGUCCUUUUUGGUCUGGGCUCCAAACGGAACCUCAUCGAACAGUUCCGGACUACAUUACUGCAAGACUCUCUUCACAUUGUUGUCAAUGGGUUUUUCCCAAGCAUCACAAUCAAAUCUAUCUUGAACUCCAUCACAGAAGAGGCACUUGGUUACUCUGGAACUUUUCGUAGUCCAUUGGAUCAAAUGAACUUUAUAGCGCAGAAGUUCAAAGAGGAACCAUCUCUAGAACUUUAUCUUCUUAUCCAUAAUCUGGACAGUCAUAUGUUAAGAGGAGACAAAAGUCAACAAGUACUAGGGCAGCUGGCUUCUAUCGCCAAUAUCCAUGUUCUGGCUUCCAUUGACCACAUGAACGCCCCCUUAAUGUGGGACCAGUCAAAGCAAAGCCUCUAUAACUGGCUAUGGUAUGAAACGACUACUUAUAGUUCCUAUAUAGAAGAGACAUCCUAUGAAAAUUCAUUGCUGGUGAAACGCUCUGGAGCACUGGCCCUCAGCUCGCUCACUCAUGUACUCCGCAGUCUCACACCCAAUGCCAGGGGCAUUUUCCGUCUGCUUGCAGAGUAUCAGAUGGCCAACAAAGACAACCCUUCAUAUACAGGUCUCUCAUUUCAAGAUUUUUAUCAGCAAUGCCGUGAAUCUUUUCUGGUCAACAGCGACUUAACGCUAAGAGCUCAGCUGACUGAGUUUAGAGACCACAAGCUUAUACGAACUAAAAAGGGUCCAGAUGGAGUGGAAUAUUUGUUAAUUCCUCUGGAUUUAGGGACCUUAACAGAUUUUCUGGACAUGGAAGACAAAGAAGGAUAAGAACGUGCUGUUGAUACAAGAGUGGCAAUUGUAGCCUGUGCUUGAGGACCUGUUCAGUGAUUUUUAGAUGCACGGUUUGGAGGCUAGUGACACAACAGGAGAACGUGCCUUACAAAUGUAUGGGCGUGUAUAAGUGGGUAUUAUAGUACUGAGCAUUUCUAAGUUUUUGCAUCUUGAGAGAUGUACAUUGCAUAAAAAUUGCAUUCACUAUUGGCUGCUGUGCGGCAAACAGUUAACAUUGAUUAUGAGCAUGUUAUAAUGCAUCGGGUCAGAAUAUUAGCGACCAGUUUUCAAAAUGAACGCCAGGGAAAAGUGGAGCAGUUGGUUGUAGCAAUCAGAUUGGUAUUUUCCAAAGUUACUUUUGUAAAUAUGAGCUGAAAUCUAAAGUCUAAUAUUAAAGGGGUUUUCUGGGAGUAGAAUAUGGAUGACCUAUCCUCUGAAUAGGUCAUCAAUAUCUGAUCGGCUGUCGUUCGAUUCCCGACACCCUCUCCGAUCAGCUGUUUGAAGAGGCCGUGGCGCCCACAGCAUACGAAGCACAGAGCCGUACAUUGUAUAGCAGCUCUGCAUGGUAUUGGCAUUCAGGCCCAUUCAUGUAAGAGGGAUUGAGCUGUACAUGGGUCUGGUGACCAAGUAACGUGAUAUCAGUGGCCUAGGAAGAGGCUGCAGCACUCUGACACCACACUACAGCUUCAAACAGCCGAUCGGCAGGGGUGCUGGGAGUUGAUAUCGAUUAACGUCAUCAAUAUUCUCCCGGAAAAUCCCUUUAACCUUUUAUUUAGAUCAAUUUUAGAGGAGCGUAUUCAGUCCAAGAAAUGUGCUCCAUUAUAUAUUACUUUA